AGCCCCUGGGCGGUCAACUCCAGAAGCAGAGAGGAGCCGCAAGGGAGUGCCCAGAUCUGGAGGAGUACAUACACCAGAGCUUAAGCACCGCACAGGGGUGAGUGGGCCCUCCCUUGGGCCGUCGGCGGCUAGCCGGAGCCGGGGGGAGGGGAGUGGAGAAGAUGGAGAUUGUGGCCACGACUUUUGUCGGUCGGAUCGCACUGAAGCUCUUCGCGUUUCUAGAUGAAAAUUACAGGCUACGGCGGAACCUGGAGCAUGACAUCCAGCGCAUCCGGAUGGAGCUGGACAUGAUCGACGCCGCCAUCCACGACCACGACGACCGUCGCUCGAGCAACCAGGUGCAGACCGCCUGGAUACAGCUCGCGCGCGAGCUGGGCCACAGCAUCGACGACUGCAUCGACCGCUUUUCCCACCGCCUGGCCAAGGACGCCGCCGCGUCGCCGCUCCGCAAGACCGUCAGCAGGCUGAAGACGGCGCCGAUCCGCACGGGGUUCGCCGCCGAGAUCCGGAAGAUCAGGAAGAUAUCGGAAGAGGUGUCCAAGCUGCGGGAGAGCUACGGCGGCGGCGAACCCAGCGCCUCGGAGGCUUCCGCAUCGGGCGCCCUCUCAGAGGAGGUGCACGCACUUGCAUCUGACCUCGUGGGUAUGGAUGAGCCCCGCGACGAGCUUCUGGAGCUGGUAAGGGAAACUGAGGGCCAGCCUAAACAGCUCAAGGUGAUCUCAAUUGUUGGCUUCGGAGGUUCGGGGAAGACUCUUCUUGCGAGAGAGGUGUACGAGAGUGACACCGUGGUCUGCCAGUACAAAGCACGGGCUUGGGUUCGUGCGGCGGACAAAGGCGCGGUGUGUGUUCUCCAGGAGAUCCUCGAGGAGCUUGGCAUGCAGGUAACCGGGGAUGCCAGGAAGCUCACCACACAUCUCAGAAAAUGCCUCGAGCCAAAGGGGUUCUUCAUUGUUAUUGAUGACAUGAGAACGGAACUUUGGAACACCAUGAAAAAUUCUUUCCCUGCAGUGAUGGGAGUGAGCAGCAGAGUGGUGGUCACCACGCCCAUUCAGUACAUAGCAAAUGCCUGCAGCUCUGCUCACGGUCAUGUGUACGCAAUGAGAACUCUUAGCGAGGAUCUCUCAAGACAGUUGUUCCUCAAAGAAGCUUCCUUGGAGGAUUCAUCGCCUAGUAAUGAGCUUGGUUCAGAAGCACUAAAGAAAUGCGAUGGUCUGCCACUCGCUCUCGUUACCACAGCCCAAUUCUUGCAGAGUCGAGGUGAUCCGACACGGACAGAGUGGGCAAGGCUGUGCAGCAACUUGGGUGAACAUCUGGAAACGGAGGACACCUUAGCGAGAAUGAAGCACGUGGUUCGCCACAGCUAUGCCGGUCUUCCUGACCAUUUUAUCAAGACAUUCUUGCUAUAUCUGGGAAUUUUCCCGCGUGAUCGCCCAGUGAGAAGAGAAAGGCUAAUAAGGCGAUGGCUAGCUGAAGGAUUAUUUGGAGGGGAUGCUGAACUCGCUACGUGCUAUUUCAAGAAGCUGAUCGACCACAGUAUCAUUCGGCCUAUUGAUUGGAGCAGCAACGCAGAGGUGAAGACGUGCCAAACUCACGGCAUGAUGCUCGAGUUCAUCCUACACAAGUCCAGAUGUGAGAACUUCGUUACCUUGUCACAUGAUCAGGCACGCCUAACCGGUAAGGCCCGUUGGCUUUCUCUGCAUCAUGAAAGAGCUGGGCAGGCUAGGAUGAGUCCAGAGGAUUUACCCUUUGUUCGGUCUCUAACAGUCUUUGGCAAGGCACACAAAUCUGUUUUGGAUUUCUCCAAGUACGAACUGCUGCGAGUUUUGGAUCUGGAAGAAUGUGAGGAUGAAUUGGGUGACAAGCAUCUCAGAGAGAUAUGCAACCUACUGCUACUUAGGUACCUAAGCCUUGGUGGCCCCAUUUCAGUGCUUCCCAAGGAGAUUGCAAAGCUAAAACUUCUGGAGACACUUGAUAUAACAAGAACCAAGAUAGAGAUUCUGCCUAUACAAGUCAUCGAGCUCCCGAGAUUGAUUCAUCUGUUUGGAAGGUUCAAACUUGAAGAUGCAAGUCAGAGAAUAAGUAAGCUGAAGAACUUCCUUUCAGAAAAAAGUAACUUGCAGACGCUAUCAGGAUUUGUUGCUGACAAAGGAUUUGCACAACUCAUGGAUCAUAUGAAUAACUUGACAAAGGUGAAAAUAUGCUGUGAAUCCACUAUGGAUGUCAGCAACAUAACUCAUCUUUCCAAGUCAAUUAACGGGUUCAUCCAGAGAGGCACUCAUGCGAGUGACAAUCGUUCACUCUCACUGAAUUUCAACAAAUGGUCCGAAGACUUGCUGAGUUUUUCCUUGGAAAAAACAUGCUUUCUCAGUAAACUGAAGCUAAAAGGCAAUAUCUUGAGUUUACCUCCAUUUGUUACCACGUUGGCUGGUCUCACCGAGCUGUCUCUUUCAUCCCUCGGCAAGUUCACUGGGGAUAUACUUGCUGCUGUAAGCAUAGUGCGCUCCUUGCAGUACCUGAAGCUGGUAGCAAGUCACAUGGACAAGUUUGUCAUAAGAAAGGGGCAGCUCAAUAUACUACUACGCCUGUGCAUCGUGGUGCAAUCCAUGGAAGACCUAGAAAUCGAAGAGGAUGCGCUUCCGUGUUUGGAGUCCCUCCAGCUGCUCUCUAAGGAUUUAGAUGGUUUUGGUGGCAUAAGAAUGGAAUUCCUUGGACGUCUCAAGGAGGUGGCUCUCGACGAUGGAGUGAGCGACGAAGCAAAACAGGAGUGGGAAGAAGCAGCAAAGAAACACCCGAGACGACCCAAAGUCUUGUUUGUGAAAACAAUGUGAGUCAGAAGCUGAUCAUCAGAUGCAGACGGGAGGAAUGGAGCCUGCUGAGACUCCUGCAACACUAGCUCCCCGACAUGACGCCCAGCCAGUUGAGUUGAGACCACAAAAAUCGAUGGGGUGGCCUGAAGAUUGACUGACCACUGGUGGUAUGUGGUAACCGGCAACGAUGUUCACGUCCCUGGCGAGGCAGUACUGCUCCAUUCUGGUCCUCUCCUUGGGUACCUUGGCGCUCUACGUCGAUGGACUCGAAAAUGGCGGUGUAUUCGAGGGUCUCCGCGAACCUCUGCGUGAAGGGGCCUGUGUUCAUGUUGAGUUCCCGCUCCACAAUGGUGACCACCUUGGGCGACAUCCGCUUCACCAGCCUAAGGACCCGGUCUCAAUGGUCGGCUGCACUCACGCUUUCAUCAGGGAUCUAGUGCAGCGUCAGGUUGAAGUUCAAUGAAUUCUGAGCUACCUGUUUCUUAGUAAUAUGUUAUUUGAAAUACUGUUCCUUUUUUUUAUCCUUCUCUGUUUCAUACACUUCUUUCCUUUAAACCACAAACAUUGCAAUGUAGCCAAUUGAGUUGAGACCACAGAUUCCAGGGUGACAUUGUACCAACUACAUAUUCCUAGUUCACGCUAGGAGAUAUUAGAACAGAAAGGUCUCAUGGAUGAUUCGACAAUGGUGGUACUUAAUUAUUAUGCAUGAUACAUGGGUUGCAUCAGCAUGGGAUAUUAUUAGUGAUGCUUUUUCCCGAUGGUAAUUGUGGCAGCAGAGGUAUAACAAAUACACAAAUGGAAGAGGUUGCAUUAACAAUUUAACAUGUUGCACUUCGAGUUCCAUGCACUCGGUCUCUAUGUUAGCGAAGUGGAAGAAGGGCAUCUUGGAGUCAUCCCUCGGGAAGCUAUGGCAGUGAAAUUCAACCUGACGCUGUGCCAGAUCGUUGACGAGGGCGUGAGUGCGGCCAACCACCAAGACAUGUAUAGUGUGGACUUAGGUUUAAUAUUGUUUCGUGAUACGAAAGGACUGUUCCUUUUAAUCCUUCUCUGUUUCAGAUAUUUCUUUCUAUUGAACAGAGUAACUGAAAUGGGUUAACCACAAGCAUUGCAAUGUAGCCAACUGAGUUGAGACCACAAAAUCGAUGGUGACAUUGUACCAACUACAUACUCCUGGCUCACAUAGAAUAUUGAAAAAAAGAGGCCUGAAGGGUGACUAGGCACUGAUGGUAA